CGUUGUACGCGGGGAUGCUCCAUCGCUGCCGCGGGCUGUGAGCGGCUCGGUAUCACCGCGCGUCCUGCGUGUUGGUUAAUUCCAGGUCGCACUUCAGCGAUGGAGUGUCUAAGGUCCCAGCUUAAUAGCUUGCUUUGAAGUCUGGAUGAAUAAUUUUAAUUGCUUUUAAUGAAUUGUUUUGGUUUGAAACAGUUUGUGGCAAACUGUAGGAGGGAUAGGAGUGACACGCGUACACAACCAGCACUUCAUCACUGGCUAAUGGAACCAGUUAAUGGCACGCAAAAUUACGUCGAAUAUCCUUGUGCUGCCUCACGCCACAGCAAUGCAUACAUUUAGAAAGAAAGUUUAUGAAUAAUGUAAACAAACACAACCCACACAGUGCAUGCCGUGAAAAUCAUUUGAAUGCGCUUGCUUUGUGGUCGAGAGCAGGUAAUGUGGAGUUCCACUUGUCCUGGUUUGUGAACGGAAUAAAAGACACGUGUGUAACUCCUGCUUCAGCGGUUCAGAGUCCUGGACAACUCAGUUUCAGCAGAUAAAGUUUUGAUGGGUUAAUUACUUGGGAGGAAUUGCUUGUUGUCCUUAACAAUUUUCUUUCAACCAAAAAUUUGUGUUUGUUAAAAGCAGUUUUAAAGAGCUACAAUGAAACACUUAAAAAGACUCCUGGGAUAUUGAAUCUAUAGUGUAGAAAUCCUAGUGCUCCUUUUAAUAAACUUUCUCUUUAAUUUUGAUUUUAAAAAAUGGAGUUUCUUUAGCACAAUAUUUAGGAACUGGGUAAGAAAUAAAGAAUAUGAUAACGUGUAAUAAGGUUUAUUAUAAGGUGUAGUGUAUAUGAUAAGCUGUAAUAAUUUCUGUGGUUUGUUUCAUGGAUGUUUUGUGAAAAACAACAUCCCCCACAAAUUACAGCAAAUCUUCAGAAACAAGAGCACAUAUAGUUUUGUUACGCCUUGUUUUUCCAUUGGGAAUUCCUGGAUUUGGGCUAAGUCUUACUGAGUGCUGGUGGAGCUGGUUUGUGUUUAAACACUUCAGUCCUUCUUCUGAAACCUAUUGCACAGCCCUGGGGGGUGAUUUCAGUUUUGUCCCCUUUCUGAUUUGUUAAGGUUUUGGAUUGUCUGUGCUGUGGACUGUUGUGUGCAUUUGUAAAGUGCAAAGUCUUCGGGUCACACCAAGCUGACAAGUGCGGCACAAAUGCAGUGGUACUUCCUCCUGGAAUAGCUGCACUCAGGGUGUGACUCUUCUGGUCACAUACACGUGGGGCUGACAAAUCCUGCAGGAUUUGAGUGGGCUCCAUUCUGAUGCUUCUGUCACCUAGGAUGAGCUUGGAUCCUGCUGGGUUCAGGUUCUGGCCGAUGCCCAGAAGGGACUUCCAAGGGAGUCAAAGUAUUGUGUGAAUUAGUGCUUUAGGAAGGCUCCAUGAGUCUAAAUGGUAGUGUCCCUUAGCCUCUUCUCACCAGUCUUGGAUAGCAGGGAUUUGGUUGUGUGUUAAUGAACCAUCACAGUAGAUAUUUAAACCACAGUGGCUGUAGUUAGUGAUCUAAAUUUGCUUGGAUAUGUUAGGUAAGAUGCAGGUUGUUGUGCUGCAUCUCAAUCUAUGCCAUCACAUAUCUUACUCCUCUUCAUUGUGUGUUAACAGCUGUUGAAUGAUGGUCAUCUUCGUGUUGGGCAAGGUGACCUUUUCAACUGGUAUGUGAUUUAUAGCCAUGAAAAGAGCAGAAUUAUUGUGACUCUUAAGAGAUCUAUGAUUUGAAAUGCCCAGAGGUUUCUGAUACAGCUGGACAAAGAAGAGUUAAUUUUUUUCUUUUUUUUCCCUCUGAUUUCUAUUAAGUUGCCCUUGGAUAGAAAUCUGAAUGUAAGAAGAUAAGGAGAAACUACUUGGUGACCAGAACUGCUCUUUGUGCAUUUUAUUAGAAUAUAUUUUAAAUUACAACUGAUUAAACAAUGAACAAGAAUAGCAUCCAUUCUGUUUAGUCAACUUUUUCUUUAGGAAGCUUUCUUCCCUCUCCCUCCAUAGGUUGGAUAAGCUUUGAUGGUGCUGAUGUACUUGUAAAUCCUGUUAGGUCUCUUUCAGAAGGCAGAGAUAAGAGUUCAGGAAAUGGAACUGACCAUGUGUGGUUGAGCAGAUACCCAGGUGUGACUUCUCAGAGGAUAUGUAACCUUACCAGAAACAAAAUAAAAUUGAUAAGGGUAAAAUCUGGUACAGCCAAGCCAAACUCAUUUUUCUAGGCAGUUUCUUAGUGCGCCUGUCCUCCUAGCUGCUCUCUGCCAUCCGGUGUUCUUGUUCCCUGGGUUCUUGAAAAUAGAUCACAUGCUUUCAUUCUACUUUCAGGAAUGAAGCAGUUUUUAUUGUUUUCUGAACUAAUAUGAAUUGUCAACUUCUAAUGAGUUUACUGUAAUAGAAAUAAUUUGUGGGGACCCGGGAGGCAUUCCCUGGGCUGGGGAGACACAAGAGGCUUCCCUCAGGGGGUGUUGGGACCCAUUGGCUCCUUCUGUGUCCCUCAGCCACUCCCUCCCUAUUCCGGGGUUGGCCAUCAUCUUUGUACUGCCCGAGAGCAUGCUUCAACCCCAGCUCUGGGGAGAGGGAGAAACUGGCACUCUCCUCAUGAGUGUGCCUUGCACCCUGAACAUCGCACCAUGCAGCUGAAUAAAACAGCUGUGGAUACCAUGCAAAGGCCCUUUUUGCUUAACUAGCAAUAUUCUGGCUGCAACAUAAUUUUUUAUUGGUGCUUUUUAGUUCUGACAACUGCUGAAAUACAAAUUGGUAAGCAAACCUUCCAAAAUACUCCAACCCAAAUGUUCCAAACCUGUAUAUUUUUAUAAAGGUCCAAUAAAAGAUACAAACCUUUUAAAAAGACCAAAGAGAUUUCAAAAAUCUUUCUCAGUUACUAAUGACAAUUACUAGAUAAAAGUUACAAAACCUUAACAUUUCCAAGGCAGAUACUAUGAGAGGACAAAGUUCCAUUAGUCUUCCAUGAUUUCCUGCUCAAAGCAGUUCUUUGAGCAACAGGCAAGUGAAAGCCAAUCAUUUAGGAACACAUCUGGAGAUCUUGCUUCUGAACAGAUUAUCUGGUGUCUAAAAGGGUUACAUUACGGCUGUUUUCUCUGUGGAUCUUCUGACGUUCCUCUUUUCCUGAAAACUCUAGAAAUGCCUGAUUAUCUAGUUGACUGGAUUUUGCUGGAAGCAUUUGCAUGCCCAUUGAAGGCACAUAUGUGCAUCUUCCUUUUGCCAGCUCCACACCAGCUCCAUUUUCAUUGGCUUGCAAAUACCUCCUUCCUGUAGGAACACAAAAGUGGUGCAGAUUUCAUGUGAGGAGUAAAGCUCUUAAUGUGAGCACAGUCUGUCACUGGAAGAGGUUGCCCAGAGAGGCUGCCAAACCUGACUGGCCAAAACAGAGUGCCCUGGCUGCAGUUAAUGGUUGAGCCUGCUUAUAGGAAGCUGGACUGGGUGUCCUCUUGAGGUUCCUUCCAAGGGGAAUGAGAAUGUUCUAAGAAGUAAAAUGAGUAGGAACUUGGCAUUUUGUGAUGACUUCUCAUUUUGAAGGGGUGCAGUGUUAGUGUUUUUCCCUUUUUUUUGUAAUGCAGAGAAAUGAUAGUAAAAGGUAGUUUGAAAACUGGUGUCUUUGUCUGCCAACAUACUGUGCAGACUCUUACUUUGUCUUUUAGGCUAGACUUAAAAUACUGCAGUACUGCUGGAAGGGAGGAGUUGCAUUUGUGAUCUUUGAAAAAUCAAAGGUAGUUAGUUGGGUGUUGCAAUCUAUGGUAACAAAUGCAGAAAUGAAACAAACCCAUAGUGUUGAAUAAAGCUACACUGUGUAUCAUUACGGAGAUAUUACCUGAAAAAACAACAAAUAGGAAUAGCUUAAUGGCUAAAAUGCCUGAGCAAGAGUUGGAUAGCCUUCUUAGAUCAGAAUUUGAGACAUCAGCUGCUACAAUUAUUCCUUUAUUUUGCUAAAAUCUUGCCUUGGUUCUGUUUAAGAAGUGACGCUAGUCUGAAAACUCAGUGGAUUAUCAGGUUUUUUGGAAACAAUUAAAAGCUGUGGAGAAUAAAUUUUUGUCUUUUAGACAGGCAGUGCAGUAAAAUGAUAGACUCUUGGUAACCCUCGUUCAGUUUAACUGUAGUCCUUUUGUGUUGAAUUUGCUGAUUAAGAAUGGAAUGUGGACCAACAAAUUAAUGGAACCAAAGUGCAAACUAAAGCCUGAGGAAUGUCCAAAAUAUAAGAAAAAUAAAUUAUUAGUAUAAAAAUGUGGAUAAUAAACUGCAUAAUUAUAAAGGAAUUAAAUUGAGGACUUGAGGAAAUAAGCUUAGAAGGUUGAUCUUUUUUGACCUUUAUGGUGGGGCAGUGCUGGUCUAAUGGAUAGACUCCAAGAGGAGGGUAGAUUUAGGUUUAAUAUUAGGAAGAAAUUCUUAACUGUGAGGGUGGUGAGGCACUGGCAGAAAUUUUCCAGAGCAGCUGUGGAUGCCCCAUCCCUGGAAAUGUUCUAGACCAGGUCGGAUGGGACUUUGAGCAGCUUGGUCUAGGGGGACGUGUCCCUGCCCACGGGAGUAGGUCUGGAACUAGAUGAUCUUUAAGAUCCAUUCCAAUCCAUACCGUUCUGUGAUUCUGGUGUGAGAUCCUUUAAGAUCCUUACUUCCAAGAAAGUUGUUCAAAUACCCGCUGAAUAACAUUGCGUGUGAUUGCACAUGGUGGCCUUUGGAUUGAAGACCAGCUGUUUGAAAACUGGAACAUAAUUUAUAUUCAAGUUUUUUCUGUUAUGGUGGAGGUUUUGGUAUGUUUUUCUUUCUCAUGGAUUAAUAAUUUAAGGAUAACUAAUAAUUUUAUUUCAUUUUCUUCUGCAUUAAUAAUUUCAGAAUGAUUGCUGGUUAAGAGAACUGUUGAGGUACAUGGAUGUUGCGUAUUACACCCCUAUUGACUGUUUCUUCUUUGUGAGCUAGACAUGCCUCAACAAAUGCCUGUAUCACCUUCUUCAGUAGCAUCAGUGUAUGAGUUGGAAGACUGAGAUGGGGAAACUGUUUCCAUUGGAGCCUGAUGUAUUGAACCAUAUGUCCUUCUGGCUGAUCACCACUGGGCAUGGUGGUGUCCAGUAGCUCUGUUGUUAUUCACACUGGACCGUGGGCUUGAUGUGCAUAACCUGCUGUCAUAGAGGGACUGAUCUUCGAGCUUUAACUAGGGACUCUGCAAAUUCCUGGUGACUUCACUUUAAAAAGAGUAUUUUAUGUCAAAUUUUUGCUCAUUGCAUUUUGAGAGAAUGCCAGACCAGUUACUCUGAUUUAUUCCAUUCUAUAUAGGUUCCUGUGGUACACCCACCUCGAUGGUAUCAGAAUGUCUUCUGGACUUGGUGAUAAAAAACAUUAGAAAACAAGACUAGCAUCCGUCAAAUGGGGUUCCCUCUCCAUUUCUCUCUACACACCUUUCCUUUCAGGGGAGAAGAAGUGAAGAAUAGUAUGAAAAGUGCAAAAUGUUUCAAAUUCCUGUUCAAAACCUUGAUAAUGUAAGGAGGGCUCGAAAAAAGGUGAAGGACAUUCUUGUGGAUCUUGGGCUUGACAACUGCAGAGAAUUGUUGAAGAAUCUUAAAAGUUUUGAUGCAGGUGAAAACUACUUUUGUAACACUUCAUGGAGUGAUGUCUCUCCUUGGGAGCCUGUGGGCAAAAGGAAGAGAUACAGGACAAAACCGUACUGCUGUGGCUUAUGCAAGUUCUCAUCCAAAUUGCUUACUUCCUUCAAGAAUCACUUGCAUCGUUACCAUGAGGAUGAAAUGGACCAAGAGAUGGUGGUUUCUUGCCCAAAAUGCGCAUUUUCUUCUCGGCCCAGAGUAGUGGGAGAACACAUCUGGAUGUUUCAUUCGUUUAAUAAACGAAUACAGAACUAUACAGUCAGCAUUUUGGAUGGCAUGAAACAGUUUAGGAGUGACAUCAUAAACUUCACAUGUCUAAAAUGUCAAUUCACAGACACCUUGUAUUACAAUAUGAAGAAACAUGUGCUGAUGAACCAUUUUGAAAACUUACUAAGUGCAUAUUUUGGCGAGAAAUGUGAUGAAAGUACACCGAAUUCAGCUGAGUUCUACUGUAAAAAAUGUAAUGCUCCUGCGAACAGCCCAGAUUCUUUAAUGUACCAUGUCUUGACAGCUGAAACACACAGAGACCUGGAGAACAAACUUCGAUCUCUGAUUUCGGAACGCAUUAAGAAACCUGGACUUGUGAAACAAAUGCAUAUUGCUCCAAAGACUGUCCCAGGUGUAGCAGCAGCUGCCCCAUCUGCAGGGCCUAUUGUUGUCCCAGCAGGUUCUGUGACAGCUCCAGCUUGCAUCCAGGUUGCAUUUCCACAGAAUAAUCAAAACCAGAGCAUAGUGCACACACAAGCAGUUCAGAACACAGUUGGACCGGUGACUGUCCCAAGUGCCUCUGGCAGCCUCCCAAAUACUGCCUGUGCUCCUGCUGCUCCAUCCUCGCAGGUCGCUCUUGUGCCCAGCAAUCCUCCCGUGGCUCAGAACAGCCUUGGUAUUCAGCCUUCACCUUCGCAGGCUGUCCUUGUUUCUCAUGGGCUUCAUCUUAAUCAUUCUGUUGGGAACAUAAAUAGAGCUGUGGCCCCUGCGGUUCUUCCUGUUAAUCAGCCCGUCAGGCCUGGGCUCUUUCCUGUUAAUCAAACAAUCGGGACUGUAAACAGUCUGGUUCCAGCUGGAACGCUCCCUGCUACUCAGCCUGUCGGCCCUAUGAAUCAACCAGUUGCUCCAGGAAUUCUGUCUGUUAGCCAGUCACUUGGGAGCAUGAACAGACCCAUGGAUCCCAGGGUCCUUCCUGUGACGCAGACAGUUGGGUCGGGUCUUCUCCAGCUUAACCAGCCUCUUGCCUCUGGGGUGGUUCCUGUCAGACAGCCUGUUGGACCUGGGUUCCUUCAGCUUAAUCAACCUGUUGCCCCAGCACUUAUCCCAGUAAAUCAGCCAGUUCAGACUCCGGUUUCUCAAAGCACAGCUUUUUUGACUGCGGGCUCUAUACUGAGGCAGUUGAUCCCCACUGGCAAGCAGGUUAAUGGGAUACCUACUUUCACGCUGGCCCCCGUCUCUGUUACUUUGCCUGUACCUCCCGCUGGUGGAGUAGCGACUGUGACACCUCCGCAGGUGCCCAUCCAGCUCGUGCAGACGGGGUCAGUGGCUCAGCUGUCCCAGUCGCCAGCCAAUGCUCCCUCUCCGCCUGUGGUUCUGACCUCUGACAAUGUAUCCUUGCAGGCCUCCCUGCCUGCUCCUGAAACAAGCCAGGCUGUCAGACAGGCCAAACAGUGGAAGACCUGCCCUGUUUGCAAUGAGCUUUUCCCCUCAAAUGUCUACGAGGUGCACAUGGAGGUGGCCCACAAACCACUUGAAGUAAAAGUGGAAGCCCCAGAACCUCACAAACUUGCAGCUUGCGCAUCCUUUCUGAGGAUGACAGAAAAGGCUAUCCGGUGUUAUGCUUGUAAAUGUUUUCUCUGUGAGGAAGAGCUCAUGAAGCAUAUCUUCAUGCAUGGCUUAUCUUGCUUGUUUUGCACAGGUACUUUCUAUGACUUAAAAAGCCUUGUGGAGCACAACAAAACUGCACACAAUGGGAGAAAGGAGUUGCACGCGAGUUACAGCAACAGAGGAAUUCAGCUAGGUAACGAUGCUCAGGGUGGCCUUGUGUUCCCACACUUCGAUUUUAACACAGUGCUACCGGAUGAAGACAUGGGUGAAAGAGAAGUACAUUUGGCAGUGCUUGUUGGAAUAUAUUCAACAGUUCUUGUCCCUGUUUACAUCAAAGUGAAACCUCAGACUGCACAAGUGAACAGGAGAUGCACCAGAAAAAUGUUCACCUGUCCCUUUUGCUUAGGUACGUUUGCUGGUAGAGAAACCUAUGAAAAGCAUUUGAAAGAGAGGCAUCAUAUAAUGCCAACUGUGCAUACGAUUUUAAAGUCUCCUGCUUUCAAGUGCAUCCACUGUUGUGGCGUGUACACUGGAAAUAUGACUCUGACAGCUAUUGCUGUACAUUUGCUCCGUUGUAGAAGUGCUCCCAAAGACACCAACUCGAGCCUGAAGAUGCAGCUUGAGCGCACUGAGAGGAAGGAACUGCUGUUUGUGAAUGGUGAGAAGCAUCUUUCUGUGGUACUGAAGAGAAAGCAAUCAGAUUCCUGCUUUGUUGCAGAAGACCAAAGGAAUAAGGAACAGCAGCCUCUGAGCUUAAGUACUGGCAUAGCUCUGUCUGCAGAGAAUGAAGUAAAUUCAGGGGUAGUGCCUUUUAAACGACAAAAGAUUAAGACUGAGUUGAGAAAACUUCCUUCUAGUGAGGAUCUCCGCUUUCUAGCAGUAGAUCCUAAUCAGUAUGAUCACAGUUCAUAUGAGGCACAGAAACAGUUUUUGUCAGACUACUUUCACAAGAGGCCAUAUCCUUCUAAAAAAGAGGUGGAAUUACUUUCCUUGCUGCUAUAUGCGUGGAAAAUUGAUGUUGCAUCAUUCUUUGGAAAAAUGAGAAAUACUUGCUUAAAGGCAAUAAAACAUCAUGAACCCUCUGUGCUGCUGGGUUUCAGUAUGUCUGAACUAAAAAACAUUAAGCACAGUUUGAAUUUAAAAGAUGGACCAUUGGAUAUGUAACCCAGCUUUUUGUAAUAGCUAAAAGCAAUCCGUAAUUGCAUACUUACAAUUUAGCAGUUUAUUAUAUUGUUUGUUUUAACUUGCAGACUGGCCUGUUGAAGGGUGCAGUAAUACAAAAAGUAUCAUUCACUUGUGACUGCUAUUUCUUUUUCUUCCCCUUCAGGCUCCUAUUACAUUUUUUAUACCGUCAUGUAAAACCCUCGUCCUUGUUAAAACCAAAUUUUAUUUUAUUUUCUUUUAUUUUUAUGCAGUGUUGUCUUUUCUAAGUAAUGAAAUGUGUAAUGUGGGUUAAAAUAACAAGGUAAACUAUGUGAAAAAGAUGAAUUUGAUUAUUUGUAUUUUUAAGUCCUGAUAUUUUUGACCUGUUUCUGGUUUACCUACUGAAGCAGUGAUUGCGGCCAUUACAUCCAUUGCCCCUUCAAAUUCCCAGCGUGCUGGUGGCUGUGAAAUACAUGGCAUUGUGAUUUUUUCCUCAGUCAGAAUACCUGUGCCAGUUAAAUCUGCUGAUCUGUGGUUCCUGCUGAGUAUUAUUACCAUAAGGAGCUUUUGGGUGCCCAUUGGAGUGUUACAGUGAACUGAGUUGAAAUGGUUGUGUUAUCUGUUAAAUAGAUCUUGCUAACCAGAGGUGUUUAUCCUUUUCAUUUGGUGUUGAAGCCUGGUUGUUUACCUGUCAUUCAAAUCCGCAUUUAUUUUAUUUUCUUUUUCAAAAGACAGAGCUGCUUUGGAGAGUGUCACAUUACUUUGAUACACAGGGUAUAUGGCCUCUGUGCAUGUCACUUAAGUGUAGAAGCCCUAUCCAAAUAUCACCCAAAUAUGGUGAAAAAUCUGACUUUUUAAACUGCUGUUUUAUGCAGUAGUAACUGAGCAGAGCCUACUCCCCAGCAAAUUAGAUCCCUGGCUUGAAGUCCCUUGGGUCAGAAAUGGUACAAACUGAACCUGGAUGAAUUGGUAGCAUCAAGACUUUAAACUGUUGAGUACUCGAGCCCGUGAUAUUCAUGUAGUGAUUGGUUCUUGGCCUGUGGAGAGCAUCACAGUAGUAUAAACCCAAAGAGACUUACCUUCAGUAUGGACUGACAUCUCUGUUGCAGGUUACAGAAGAGCUGUUGGGAAGGUUCACUUGAGUUGAAGCACAAACUGGUGGCCACACUGAGGCCUUGUUGAGUGCUGUCCUUUCUGGAUAUGCUUGUUUUCAUCUGGCUUGUCUAAGAGUGCCUCCAGUACCAACAGCCAGUUACAUAAUAAAUAACCUGUAAGAUGCAUUGGUUUUAUUUCCUUCUCUUCACCCCCCUCUCCCCACCCUCUUUUCUAAGAAGAAAAAAACGAAGUUCACUUGUGCCAGUGUUAGAAGGAAAGGGUGAUAUGCCCAAGCUGAUUGCUGUUUUUAAGGUAGUCAGUUGACUUUUGCCCUGUGCUGUAGGAACUUUUUAAAGCAAUACAAAAUGUAUUAUUGCUAUUUCUGAAAGGGCGUGACAUGUUUAGCAGAAUUUGGGGACUUCUUGCCUGAGGCUUUAUAAGCUGUUUGGAGUUAUAUUUUGGAUAAAAUCAUAAUAUUUUCAUAUUUAUUGUCACAUCAAAGAGUUUUAAUGUGUAUGUAACAUACGGUUACUGCUAUUUGGAAAAACCUGGUAAUUUAAUAGCAGUGUUAAACAAACAUAAACAAUAUUUAUGGGAUCAGUUGCACGCCACCCCAAAAAGUGAUUAAGAAACUGUGUUCUUAUAGCCUCAUAAUAGCUCAUUAAAAGUUAAAAAAUAAAAUAUACUUGGCCAGAGCACACAGUUCAUGAAACCUGUUCAGAGGGCUGUGAGUGAGGAAGAGGAAUGCUCUCUGGAAGUCCUGAAAUGUAGACAUUUACUCUCGCUCUUACAGCCUCUGCCCUGUGAGCCCUGUCAUCUUUGGGGCGGUUCUGCUGGUUCUGGUGAGACUCCAGGAUGGGGGUUUGGCAGUGGGCAUCUGGGGAAGGCUUACCAUGAAUGGGGAAAGAUUGUAGAGAGAGCAACGUGGCUGUGGAGAGCUGGGAAGUCGUUUUGUGGUUCGUCCAUGCUUGGGGCACCAAGGGAACAAUCCAGUCUUACCAGAGUUUUCCUACAUAGUGUCCAGUGUUGAUAUGAAACAGUUUAUUUAUUGGAUUUUGAUUUCACAGUUUCAAAUAAACCAUAUUUUUAACUUUCUCUUAGGUGUGUGUGCAAAUGAUUGCCUAUCCAUCCUCUCCCCUCUUUUAAUACAUUCAGAGAACCUUAUGUGAACAUUUUUUGGGCAAAAUGGCUGUUGAAAGAGACAAGAGGAAAGUAAGGUGUAGAACUUUGAUGUAGAUGCUUCAGGUAUAUCUUAGUGCAUUAUAGUAAUUGUGUAUUAUCUCAAAUAUUGGUAGCUGCAUUUUUUCCUAGAGACUGAUGCUCCUAAAUCUUGGAUCCUAAUUUGCUAUCACUAAAUCCUUGUGCUCUUUUAAGUGGGUACUGUAGAAAUAAAAACCAGAUGAAUUUUGAAAUGUGAAAGUGGUGACUGAGAACACAGUAUGGUUGUGGUUUUCAGGAAAACCAAGGAGCUUGAAAACAGCCAAGUUAAAAAUCAGUGGCUUUAACUAAAUCAGGCUUUUUGCUGUUGGCUUCUCACAGGUGAAGUCGUUGGGAUAGAGUCAGGAAACACGCUGCUGCCCCAGCCUUGGCCUCCACGUGGGUGGUGUGGUGGUUGCCUCUCUGGCACUUCUCUAAGGACAGAGCCUCAUACUGCUGGGAUAUGGGAAUGGGAAAACAGUGGAGCUGCCCCCUGCAGCAGGCUUUAUGAAUACAAGUCCUUGAAAAAUGUGAAGGGAGCUCUGAUCCACUGUGAAGAAGCCCAGCUGGGAAGAAUGCUGGUUGGCUUGCAGGAUGAUUGUUGCAAGUACUUGUUUCCUAUGGGACUGAAAAAGCCCCAAAUAUUCAUGUAUCCUGCUUCUGAAAUACAUUGGUCUGGAGAGGUGUCUGUGUUUGAGCAAUAAUACUUCGUUGUGGUGCCUUGAGUUUUGCGCUUGUGAAAUAGUGUGGUAACUUAUUACUUGAAUAUGUGCAGUAGGAAGGAUUAUUAUUGUUAUUACUAUAUUGGUCAUGUUUCUUCUGCAUAUGCUCAUGUGCUGGGAGUUAAGUGAAUACUGUUUGUUGGUAAGCUGACAUUUUGGAAGGGACCGAUAACCAAAACACAUUUGUGGUGGGUUUUCAAUACUGUAUUCCUCUGUGGAAUGCUACCUACUGUCACAAUCACAUCAAACUUUUUUUCCCUUCAGUGUUUAAAAUUCAGAAAACCUCAGAUGCUUAUUCAGGUAGCUGAUGAUAUAAUUUUUGGGUUUGUGAUUCUCAACAAAAUUAUCUAUAAAGCUAUAAUGCUGCUGCAACUGGCUGUGCCAUUUUCAAACAUAUUUCUCAAACUUGAAAACUUGAUUGCAGACACCUUUUUGUGGGAAAGGUACUUGAUAUUAAGAAGGAAAGUACAGAUACAUGAAAUAAGAAAGUUGCAAUCUAAUAGCAAGGAGGAUGCUCCCCCCACAAAAGACCAAAAAAAACCACCCCAAAACCAAAUAAAAACCAAACAAUGAAUCCUCCCAACCUAAAAGAAACAACCCCAAAACC